AUGAGCAAGUGCCUGAAAUUUCGACACGGCAGAGGGCUGGCUCUGUUGUGCGCGCUCCUGGGGAUGCUGUGUGACACAGGAACCGGGCAGAUCCGCUACUCCGUGCGGGAGGAGCUGGACAAAGGCUCCUUCGUGGGGAACAUCUCCAAGGACCUGGGACUGGAGCCCCGGGAGCUGGCGCAGCGCGGAGUCCGCAUCGUCUCCAGAGGUAGGACGCAGCUUUUCUCUCUCAACCCGCGGAGCGGCAGCUUGGUCACCGCGGGCAGGGUCGACAGGGAGGAGCUCUGCGCCCAGAGCGCGCGGUGUUUGGUAAAAUUUAACAUCCUCAUUGAGGACAAAUUGAAAAUUUUUGAAGUGGAAGUAGACAUUAAAGAUAUUAAUGAUAAUGCCCCUAGUUUUCCAACAGAGGAAUUAGAAAUCAAGAUUGGUGAACUAACAGUUCCGGGAACCCGAUUUCCACUUAAAACUGCAUUUGACCCAGAUGUAGGCACCAACUCCUUGCAGAACUACAAGCUCAGUCCCACUGACUACUUUUCCUUGGUUGUGAACACUGGCUCUGAUGGUGCUAAGUACCCAGAGCUGGUGCUGGAGCGAUCCUUGGAUCGUGAGAAAAAGGAAGUUCACCAGUUGGACCUCACUGCCUCUGAUGGCGGUGACCCCGUUCGCUCAGGCACCUUGUGCAUCCAAGUGAUAGUGUUGGAUGCAAAUGACAACCCACCAGUGUUUACACAGCCGGAGUACCAUGUCAGUGUUCUGGAGAACGUUCCAGUGGGCACCCGGCUAAUCACAGUGAAUGCCACUGAUCCUGACGAAGGAUUCAAUGCUCAAGUAUCCUAUAUUCUAGAUAAAAUGCCUGGGAAAAUUGCUCAGAUUUUCCAGCUCAAUUCAGCAACUGGAGAUUUAUCAACAUUAAAAAGUCUAGAUUAUGAGGAGGCUAUGUCCUAUGAAAUAAAACUUGAAGCACAAGAUGGACCAGGUCUUUUCUCAAGAGCCAAAAUUCUAGUCACAGUUCUGGAUGUGAAUGACAAUGCCCCAGAAGUUACAAUCACUUCCCUCACUGGCUCAGUCCCUGAAGAGGCUGCCACUGGGACUGAAAUUGCUCUUAUCAAUGUGCAUGACCGGGAUUCUGGACAGAAUGGGCAAGUUUCGGUUUCUGUCCUAGGAAAUCUGCCAUUUAAUUUAGAAAAAUCAGUAGGCCAGUAUUACCGCUUAGUGACAGCUGGAUCUCUGGAUCGUGAACAGGUGCCCCAAUAUAACAUCAGUCUGAGAGCCACAGAUGGUGGAAGUCCUCCAUUGUCCACAGAAACUCGCAUCACUCUGCAUGUGACAGACAUCAACGACAACCCUCCUACCUUCACUCAUGCCUCCUACUCUGCCUACAUACCAGAGAACAACCCUAGGGGAGCCUCAAUCUUCUCGGUGACUGCCCAGGACCCAGACAGUGAGGACAAUGCUCUCAUCACUUACUCAUUGACCGAUGACACCAUACAGGGUGUGUCACUGUCAUCCUAUAUCUCCAUCAACUCCAAUACGGGUGUACUGUAUGCACUACGUUCCUUUGACUAUGAGCAAUUUAGAGAAAUACCGCUACUGGUGACCGCUAGCGACAGUGGGAACCCUCCACUUAGCACCAACAUAUCACUGAACCUGUUUGUAGUGGACCAGAAUGACAAUGCCCCAGAAAUUCUGUAUCCUGCCCUACCUACUGAUGGUUCUACCGGUGUGGAGCUAGCACCCCGAUCUGCAGAGCCUGGAUACCUAGUGACCAAGGUGGUGGCAAUAGACAAGGACUCAGGACAGAAUGCCUGGCUGUCCUACCGCCUGCUCAAGGCCAGUGAACCUGGGCUCUUCAUGGUGGGGCUGCACACAGGUGAGGUGCGCACAGCAAGGGCCCUUGUGGACAGAGAUGUGCUCAAGCAGAGCCUGGUGGUGUCUGUGCAGGACCAUGGCCAGCCCCCUCUCUCGGCCACUGUCACACUCACCAUCGCAGUGGCUGACAGCAUCCCUGAUGUCUUGGCAGACUUGGGCAACAUCAAGACUCCUGCUGAUCCAGAGGAUUCAGACCUCACACUCUACCUGGUGGUGGCGGUGGCUGUGGUGUCUUGCAUCUUUCUGGCCUUUGUCAUCAUGAUACUUGUUCUCAGGCUGCGACGCUGGCACAUGUCACGCAUGCUUCAUUCUACAGGAGAUAGGGGCAUGCCUGGCUCACACUUUGUGGGUGUAGACAGGAUGCAAGCUUUCCUUCAGACCUAUUCCCAUGAAGUCUCCCUCACCGCGGAUUCCCGCAAAAGUCACAUCAUCUUCCCUCAACCCAACUAUGCUGACACACUCAUCAGCCAGGAGAGCUGUGACAAAAGUGAGCCUCUCCUGGUAUCUCAGGAUUUGCUUGAAACUAAAGGGGACCUCAAGCUGUUUGAGCCAUGA